AUGUCUACCAGUGUUUGCGAGUUUGUGAAUCAAUUAGCAUCACUGAAAUUUGAAAGGGUAGCACAUUUCUGUUAUCAUACAGCAUCCGUUUUUGACAACGAAGUGGAGGCAGGGCUUCUUUGGUUUCCUGAAUCUGUCACUGUUAAAUUGCAUUUGGUAACAAAAUUAGUACAUUUGAAACUGCAUCAACAUUUGAUUAUCCUCAUGGAGAUAUGGGUGGUCUGCCAGUUUCUUCAACAACAUGUGCAAGUGAUCGACCGUGUGCAGUUUGCGGAAACCAUUCAUUUGUUGCACGUCUACGUAAAAAUGGAUGAAACUUUAAGAAGUUCAGUCUUAGUAGAAACUGAGAUAAACUAG